AAUAAAUGAAGAUCAUCGUGAAAAUUGUAGGCAAAAUAAAAGUUCAUAGCUCUGGAGAGACAGCUUUAUUUCAUAGCAACGCGUUGGGAUGAAAAUAAUUUAGAAAUUUAGGAGAUACAAUUUAUAUUUAUCAACCUAAUACUUCAUAUAAUAAUACAUACAAAAUGAAGCCUGAAAUACUUUUCAAUGACAUUCCAGAAUGUUUGAAUCGAGAAAAUGUUUAUAUACGUAAUAAAGAUGAUGUUCUGAGGAAAAUAAAAAAAAUACAAGAAGACGGACCGGAGAAAUUACAGGUCGUAACAGAUUUCGACAGAACUGUCACUAAACAACAUGUAGAUGGAAAAGAUGUUCUCAGUAGUUUUGGAAUUUUUUUUCGCAGCCAAAAAAUUCCUGAAACACUGAAGAAAGAAGAACAAUCUUUAUUCAAUACAUAUCGGCCUAUUGAAGUGGCCCAUGAUAUUGUUUUAGAGGAAAAAAUAAAAGCUAUGGAAGAAUGGAUGAUGAAGACGGAACAAAUGCUAAAAGGAAUUCAAAUGGAUGUCGAUGAAAUCGAUAAAAUUUCACAACUCUACAGUGUUGAAUUGAGAAAUAAUACACAAGAAUUGAUUAAAAAGUUAGAUGCAGCUGGAAUUCCAGUACUGGUUUUCAGUGCUGGUCUUGGAGAUGUUGUUCAAGCUAUUCUCAAGUGCCACGAUGUUUUAUUGAGCAACGUAAAAGUAAUUUCAAAUUUUCUAAACUUUAACUGUGGUAAAUUAGAUGGAUUCAAAAAUGAUAAGUUGAUCCAUGUUUUCAAUAAAAAUGAACAUUCAAUCGAUCAAAGUUAUUAUAAAACAAUCGAAGAAAGAAGUAACGUUAUUUUAAUGGGUGACAUGACAGGCGAUGCUGCUAUGGCUGAUGGCCAUAAACACAUUGAUACAAUAUUGAAGAUUGGUUUUCUUUAUGAUGCAGAUUUACAACACGCAAAAGAUUCUUUACAGUCAUACAUGGAAGCAUUUGAUAUUGUUUUAUUUGACGACCAAACAAUGGACGUAAUACUCGAUAUUAUAGGAAAGAUGAUAUGAUGAACUGUAACUGUAUAAAUGAAAAAACAUUUUUUUUUACGUAUCCUUCAAUCGUGUUUUAAUAAUGAUAGAUAAACUAUUUAUGUGGUCCAACAACAAUAUAACUGAUAAUUUAUCUGGCUGCCAUGGGAGGUUAAAAAGUUUUAAUUCAGAUUUUAAAAAUAUUAAGUCAUUGGCGUGUGGCCAAUAAUACUUCUGUACAACGAUACAAGACAAAAUUAAUGUUUCAAACAGUUUUUUUUUAUGAUUGUGAAAAUACAUUGUGUUAAAUAAAA